UUCGAACUUUAGCCUAUUUCGUAUUUUCGUUUUCCUAUUUUAUAUUUACGUAUAUAUCUGUUGCAAAAUCUCCAAAAUUGUGGCAUUUUAACAACAAUUUAGCUUGAAAUCGGUUGGUUCUACUCACUUAAAAUGUCAGGAGAAAAGAAAAUCAUUACUUUAGCCGAAUUGCAAGAACAUGACACGGCGAAAUCACUGUGGAUCGCAAUAAAUAACCACGUUUACGAUAUAACUAAAUUUUUGGACGAGGUAGGCAUGUAUGACAUGUUUUAUAGAUACUAAAAGACGAUUAGAACGUAGAAAACAACGUGGUUUUUACAGAUUAAAUAGCGGCCAUAGUUCAAUGUUUAAAGCAUCCUACAAGUUUUUUACCUAAAUUUUAUAGCCAUAAGGCAUCUUGUGAAGGCAGUGCCCAGUGAAGCAAGAAUGUCAAUGUGUCACAAAAUUAUGCAAGCUUCCGAUUGAUAGGGAUGCAACUACCUUAAAAAUACAAGGAGAACUUUGCCGUUUUGAGUGAAGGUGCUUUGUCGGGAUGUUUAUAGAAGGCCUUCAUUCGAAAUAUGCAUUGAUCAGGUACUGCAUGUAGACUAUGUAGUUGCAUUCCUAUCCAAUCCAAAGCUUUCUUAUUAUUGGCACAGAGUAAAUACAUAUACAGAGCUGUAACUGACCGUUGUAAACACUGCGGAAGCUUACGUUUUCAUGUACCCACUUUUUUCAGGCGACCAGGCAAAAAAUGAUCAACUGUGCGUGCUCGGCAAGUUUUAAAGCGAGCCGCGCUAUCCAAUCAGAUGCAUGCAUCUAGUAACUUGCCGAGCAUGCACACAAAAAAGUGGGUACACUAGUUAGUUACAACUCUGUAUAUGUAUCUACUCUGUGUUAUUGGCACUACCUACACUGGCACAGACUUAUAAUUUACAAAAUCAUGACUUUUGACUUGUGAGAUAGGAAUGGGUCCAGACCAUUUCAUAAUGCAGUGAUUUUGUACUCGAUUGCUUAGUCAGUUUCGUAGCCAAAUUCUGGUCAUUUUGUACCCGACUCUGGUGGCUGACUGCACUUUAAUAAAAUGCAAGAAUGAUCAUAUAUAAUUGAAUAUAACUUGAGUUUUUGUAGCUACAGUACAAUAAAUUUAGACAAACAAGUGUGUGUACUAAACCUUUUUAAAAAGCACCACUGUAAACUAUUUACAGAAAGUUGUCACAUUAACUGUGCUGGAUAUGGCCACUCUGAUCAAUACAUUUUUUGAGAAUGAUGCUAAAUUUUGUACCAUGCUCAAUGAGACAACUUGCCUGCAAGUAAUUUAAAACUCUAAUGCUGGAAAGUGCAGUUUAAACUGGAGAAUAUUUUCUAUAAGAUAAACACUAUAAAAUUUCACCAUAAAAUUCUGGGUACUGAAUGACCUGGAUCUCUGGGUACAAACUGUCUUAAGGAUGAGUAUGAAUCGACAUAGCUUGGCUAAGAAAUGGUAAAGGCAGAGUAUGAAACUGUAAGCGUAUGAAAAGGUAGAACUACAAAACGACAGUAAACCAUAGGAAUUUGGGAAGCAUGCACAAAUUCAACCAGUUCCAUUUGUUCGCCCUUGAAUUUGUACGGUAAGUUGAUCACCUGAUCACUAAGUCUUGUGUGAAUUCAAAAUGUGAAAUCUGAAUAUGGUUUGUUUUCUUGUAUGACAGGGGUCGAAAUUGACAAUUGUUAGAACUACUAUAUUCUUCAACCAGAAUAGUAUAUUUUGAAAUUUACUGUUCCAUCUGAAGAUCCACUCUUUUGUUAUGUUUUGUUUAUCACUAGCAUCCUGGAGGAGAAGAAGUUUUAUUAGACCAAGCAGGUAUUGCAAAGAAAAUUGUUGUUCUGGUUGAAAUAUUAGGGUGUUAGCCAAAAGUAACAAAAAAUCUGCAUUUAACUGAUAUUGGGGAAAAAGUAAUUGAAUAUUUAUAAUAUUAAAUAACUAUUUUUUGGCUGACAAAAUUGCGACCUCAAGGUAACUGGGAAAAUCGCAUUUAACGCAGAAUUUUUUACUGUAGCUAACACCCUGAAUGUUUGUGUGUUGUGGCAAUACACUUUUGAGAGUUUGUUUUCAUGAUUAAUUUUGUGAUCUUGGGUUUAGAGUUCCUUAUCUUGUUACAGGUGACACAUUUAUGAAAUCAUACAGAUAUAUUAGAUAAUAUGAAAGACCUUUAUAAAUUAGGUCAUCUAAUGCAGGCCGUUAAGCCGAUAUCUCAAUCCUGGAAACAAGGCUCGAUCUGUAGCCAAGUCUAAGUACUUUCCAGAAGGGUCUAUUCCAAAUGAUCACACUCAUGGCCAUUGCUGACCAAUGUCAAGCAAAAGAGAUUUAAUUAAAGACAAAAUUAUUUUCCAACGUACCUAUUCUAUUUUUUCAAGAUAUGAAACUAGAACCACAGUAUAUCUUUUAUUAGGGCAUCACUAAAUGGUGGAAAUGUGCAUUUGGAUGCACAGUCUGACCCAAAUCCUACUUAUUUCAUUGUGAAAGAAAUGCUCUUGCCCUCAAUGAACUUCCACUAAGCAAAAUAAACAGUAUUUAUAUUUCACCAAAGCCCCGUUUACACUACGCUCAAUUUUUGGUACCGUACCACUUUGGUUCUUGGACUACCUAAAUAGUCCAUAGAACAAAAAAAGUGGAACAAAAAACAGUGGUACAGGUACCAUUAUUUUAAACAACUCAUUAAUGCCCCCAUAAUAAAUUUGUGUGGCGUUAGAUAGAGUAAAAUAUGAAAGUGGGGUGCAUCAAGGCAAACUGGUUGACAAUAUUAUUAUAUAAUGAUUGGGCGUACAGUUUGGGAUGUAUAAGGGCUAAACUCUGUCUGCCUUAUUUCAAAGGACAACGAGCAACAGAGGCUUUUGAAGACGUUGGUCAUUCUAACGAAGCCAGAGAGCUCAUGAAAGAUUAUCAUAUCGGUGAAUUGGCUAAGGUGAGAAAUUAUAUUGUCUACAUUUUCACCUCAAUCGACUGGCCCAAUUUAUGCUUGAGAGGGAUAAUCCAUCAAGAUGCAUCUGACGAACUAUGCCAGAAGUAACAAAACUAGCCAGAAGUAACAUGAUUUGUUAAUAACAAUGUUUGUGGUGUUACACUCAGAGUAACACCACAAACAUCAUAUUCACCUGAGCUAGUACAUAACACCAACACACACAAAAUGUAUGUUCUGGGAACAAAUCACGUUUUCCAGAUAGUUUGUCUUGAACUACACACACGUCAUGAAAUACACAUGCAAGUUUUUCUGAGUAGGACAAAUAUGUAAUAUUAGUGUCGGAUGUACAUACAGGUAUCCAAUAUCCAGUGGAAUAUAGACAUCUGACAAUGCCCGCUGCCGAUUGAGAGAGGUACAACUACAUGAAAAAUAGAGACACAACUUCAACGUUUUGAGUGAAAGCCCUUCUUCACUUCCCAACGAAGUUGUAGGUAGUGAUUGACCUUGAUUGGCCGAUAAUCGGUAUCGACUAUCGGGCCGAUUUUUGCCUUAUCGGGAGACAAUCGGAAUCGGUAGAAUUGUCUAUAUUUCCGAUUGUCUAAAACAGAUUGUUGAGAAAAUACACACUUUAAAAAUUAUAUGCAUUGCGCGUUGAUACACGUUGCGUUUUAACGCAACAUAUUGAAUUAAUGCGUGAAGCGUGGUUACAUGGUGUAACCACAAAUUGCUCCUUAUUUUUACUAUGAACGCCAUGCAAACUUGCACCUUCAAUGUUUUAAAUUUGAAAUUCACGAUUUUCAGGAUGAUCACGAAGGAGGUUAUGAACCGGUAAGAUAAAAAUGAAGUUGAGGGGAUGUGGUAAUAAAAAUCUAAUUUGUCUCAUUUGAAAGAACUUUUAAAAUUAUGGGGACAACUAUUUUACAGCUUCUUCAAAUGUUUAUUAGUUCUCCAAAUAUUUAGACCCAAAUCAUCAUAAAUCAGUGAACUGUUGGUGUGACACAGGCUAGUGAGCUGUCCGUCAUCUUAGAUCAUAGACGGAUCUUGUGGGGGGGGGGGGCACCCCAAUAUUAGGCUCCCCCUCAAUAUUCGGCAUAAUAAAAAAUAAUUAAUAUAUAAUAAUUAAUAAUAAGAAAUAUAAGGAAAUAAAUUUUCCGACGCAAGAUAUGAAAAGUUGAUAAAAGAGUUUCAUAUAUGAUUUUGAAAGUUCUAUCAAAUUAUACAAACUUAUUUUUCAUCGCUAUAUUCCUUUAAGAAUUGCAAAUAAUUGAUUAAAAACCAACUUCUAGUUACACCUUUUUUGUAAACGACAGUCAAUUUGAAUUUUUAUUGAAGCAAACAAGCUCAUGUAAGCUUUCUUGACUUUCAUUUAAAGUAUGAUCCAGACGAAGAAGGCUCAAGUAAUCUAUCAACGUGAGUGGACAUAUUUUUUCUUUUAAGAAGUGUAAAUCAAUUAGCUCUAUACAACAGUGUAACUUCUGAAAUUCACUCUCGUUUGUGUAUAAAUUGAUUGAUUCUACUCUGUGUUUCAUUUAGAGCAUUGUCAUGGUUUAUCCCAGCUGCUAUCUGUAUUGGAAUUUUUGCGGUGGCUAUAUAUAGAAUGAUGUCGAACUGACCAAUGAACUAUAAAUGGACAUAUAUACCUAAUUUUAUUUUGCCAAUACACCUAAGAAAUUUUCGUAGCUAUAAAAUAUUAAAAUAUUACUAGGCUAGAUUGUUGUGUCAAAAUAGUAAAAUCUGGGACAUUCUAAAUUCCUGUUUCGUUGUUUGCGGUUGUUUAUAAUAUUUUUUUUACAAAAGCUAGUUUC